GGGGCCCGGUCCGGCACGUCGGUGGGAUAGGACGGUGCCGCGGUGGAAGGAGUAGUAAGCGGCCUACGCAGUAUCAAGCUGGGUCCCAGCUUUUAUUAGUUCUUCUGCGCUCGGCGGAGAACGUGCGUGCCGGAGUGCUAGCCACCAAGCGCGUUUCAGGUCCGGGAUUACCUAACGAGCCGUAGUCGGUGCGAACGAAUCGACCGAGUGACACGCAACAACCGGGGGGAACCAGUCGGCGGAUACACCCACCCUCGUCCGCACGAAUCAGUUGGUUUUAUUUUUUUUUUAAAUUUUUUUCUUCGAACGCAAAGGGAAGAGGAACGCGCGUGCGGUAUCAGCGAGUGACCCCAGGGGGGAGAAAAGUGUCGGUAGACGGUUCUUGUCGGGAAGUUUUCGUUUUUUUUUUUUUCGAGUGUCGGCGUUUCGGUAGCGCGCGUCGACGAACGAGAACACGGGGGAGCAGUGCGGAGAAGAAAAACGUAACGAGGAACGCCGACAGGCGCUAGCAAGACCCUUGGCCGAUCGAUGAUCGAUGAUAAUUGUUCUUGCGACGUCGCAUCGGAUCAGGAUCGGGCGCAAGGUGUUCGUCUCGCCGGUCCUACUGUACGAGACACCCGGCUGCCUCGGCGGCAGUGACAGUUGCUGUACGUGAGAGUGUUUUGUUCGGUAUAACCGCGAGCCCGGGUUCUCUCAUCCUCGUUCGCGGCUACUCUUCUUGCUGGUACUUGGCGGAGAACCGCUCCGGGGAUAUCCUUAAACAGUACACCAGAGGCAUUACCGAUCGGAAUGCUACUGUACCAGUGAAGGUCGGUGAUCGGGGUCUCGAGCGGUGUGAUCGAAAGAGAAAGAAGGCGAGGGGAGAUAGGAGAGAUAAAGGAAAAGGGUGGAAGCAUUUAGAGGCCAGGGUUGAAAGGCAAACGCAAUUGGGUUGGGGUGUAGCGAGGUAAAGAGAGAAACGAGGGAAGAAAAAAGGGGGAAAACGGUUGGUGAGUUCCGGCUGUGUGUUAUGGUUGGGAGCAAAAGGCUGGGAAGAUGCUCGAGGUUCAGCGCUCGGACUUUUUAAGAGAGGGAGAAGCCUGCAACCCUCCUACCGACGAUUUACUACCCCCCGAUACGUCCGGGGCUUCCGUCUCCGGGUGGAAGCCCGCCGAGAGAACCGUCUCCUUCAAUCGAGACGUCCACGUCAAGAGGAUCGGACGUGGAGCACCCCGCGUGACCGCGGCACUCGCAGGAGAUGGCGAAGGCAGGUUGAUCGCCACCCCCGUCCACAAAGAGAGCAUAGCGUCUAGGAGCAAGGAGGACCUAGCACAGGAGGCGGCCCUCGUGCUUCAACAAGCGGGCAGCCUUCACUGCGUCGCCCAGGACAACAGACGAUUGCCCGGUCGGUUCAGCACACUCCCGGCGCGUCGUAACAAGAAGAGGCCGGAGCUGCCGCUCGAUGUGAGACGCAGGAGCGAGGAGAUCGGGUCUACGACGAGCGGGGACCUCGUCGGUACACCGAGACCGAAGAAGAAAGCACUGGAGAGAAGCGCGAGCGAUGCUGGCUCGAAGAAGCUGAAGAAGGGCGCGCUAGCCAAGCUAUUCUCGCCGAAGUUGGAACGAAAGAGGAAGCCGGUCGGUCGUAGCGCGAGCGACGCCGGCACCGCGACGCGAUCGCACCGCAAGAGAAGCGGCAGCGAUAGCGAGGGAUCCCAUCUGAGCAGCGUACGCGCCAAGAAGCAGUUGUCGCCGAUAAUCGAGGCGUCGCCGCACGUCGAUCAGCCGCCGUUUCACUUCGGCAGAGUCGCGGUGAACGAGAACGCGAGCGUACCGGGGGCGAAGAAGUCCAAGCAGGAGGAGUUCGAUGCCGUGGAAACGGUGAGGGAAAUCGGCGAGAGUUUCGAGGGAACGGAAGCGAGCAAGCCGCCGAUAUCGCCGAGGAGAGCGAACAAGUCGACCGUAAGACGCAUACCUAUCGUGCUAGAGGACGAUAACAAGAUCGGAGAGGAGGGGGCAGAGAGGAAAGAGAAGGUAACCCGGACCCCUUCACCAGCAAAGGACACCGGGCUCGACGAAGUAGACAAGGUCGGCGCGAGUAGCAUGCUGCACAGCAGCAGAUACGAUCUACAGCAACGCGACGAGGAGUCAACGAUACACAAGAUGAUUCACCGAUUAUCCAACGAUCGUUCGCCCCCGCCGCAGCUGACCAGAACGAUGGUCUCGCCCGGGCCCGGAUUCGGUCACAACAACAACCGGCCGUUCUCGUACACGAGACCGAACGAGUCGUGCAGCCCGCCGCCCCCGCAGACAAACGUGAUUUACGCCCAGGUGCAGACCGAUAAGAAGAAGGCGCAGAGGAGCCACUCGGACAGCGACGAGGGUCUCGGUCUCGAGAGGAAGGACUCGUCGCGGGAGAACAGCCCCGCGGAGAAGGAGUACCGCAGGACGGAUUACUCGUACAGCAGCGACCUGAGGCGCAACAAUGAGAUCAACGCGUUCAAGAAUGUCGCCGCGCACUUCCCCGGCCAUUACGCCGGCACGCAGGACUACGCGUCGAGGAACACGGAGGCGAAACGACGCCACGAGUUCGACGAGAUCGACCGGCGGCUGUACGACAAACCGGAGAAGUACACGUCGACGGUGUUCGUCGAUACUUCCGGUAGGAGCAGGGCGGACGGGACGGACGCCAGGCAGCCCAAGUCCGGUAUAUCGAACAAGACGUCCGAGCUGAGCGCCAGACGCGACCUGCUCGAGUCCAGGAUCAAGCUGCGGCUGCAGGCGGACGAGAUGUUCGCCGCGAAGAACACCGCGAACGUACCGAUCAAGAAGUCGGAACACGAGAUCAUCGAUAAGCCGAUAGUGCCGUCCCCGGUUACGCCGAAUCGCGUCGCGUCACCGAAACGUUACAUGGAUACCUACAUAACGGAGACACGCACCAACAGCAACGGCGAGAAGUACAUAUUCGAGAAGGAGAUACACGAGGAUAACGGGAAGGUGUACGGAUACGAGAAAAAGAUCACGAACAAAAUACCGAACGACGGCUACAUAGACACGAAACCGAGGGACGGUUACAAGGUGGAGACCAGGACGGACAAGUACGGGGACAAGUACAUAGUCGAGACGCGGACGCACGAGGGUUACGCGGACGAUUUCAAGCCGUUCCUCAGCGACAGAAGCAGGACCAGCCCGGACGAGAGAUUCCAAGCGGUCGGGAACACCAGCACCCCGUACAAGGUGUCCAAUUUCCAUCCGGUCGAGACCCCGGUCGGGCAUCGUUACCGCGGCGAGUCCAAGGAGAACCAUCGUCACGUACUCUCCUCGCCCAUAAUCGCGAAGAAGCUCGCCAACGAGAGGAAAUUCUCCAAGAGCGACGACUUCUUGGACCGCGACGCGCGACCGCGCGACGCCUACGCGCCGCUGAAGAAGAAGAACUUGGAGUCGAUACGGGGCAUGAGCAAGUCGACGCAGCGUCUGGACGAGAUCGGGGAGAACGCGAGAGUCAGAGCGUUGAGGAGCGAGUACACGACCAGAUCGCACGAGAACCUGACCAGCAGGGCGGACUACGUGAACGCCAGGGACAUGCGUCGCCCGCUGAUGAACAGUCCCACGAUAAACGGUAGGAAGGAGAGGUCGCCGUUCGCCAAACGUCAUCUGGACAGCUUGAGAGAGGGCCCGAACGACGACUACGACACGGACAUAUCGCAGCUGACGAGCAGCCAACUGGAGUCCAAGUAUUACAAGGAGACGCGCACCACCCAGCGGUACACCAGCAGCAAGCAUCCGGCCCACGACGACUACGACAGCUCCCCGCCCAGGAUACGCACCGACCGCGGCGGCUACAACUCCAGCCGUUACGAUUCCGACACCACGGCCAGGGACUCGAUCCGUUGCGAGACCCGGAACGACGAGUCCUCGCGCACCCUCAGAAAGGAGCACCGAAAGCUGGACGAGGACCCGAAGAAGCCUCUGAGGAGGUCGCGCAACCGGUUGGACUAUUUCGACGACUCGGACGCCAGGGAGAGUCCGCGCGCGAAGGCGUCCGUCGGACGAUUGGAGCCGUUCGACGAGAGCCCGACCCGGCCACCUAGAGCCUUCCACGAGGGCGGCAAGUCCAGGCACAUCAGGCAGGAGACCAGAGCGCACACCGAGCGCCGUCACCGCGAGACGCGUCUCAGCGAUUCCGAUCGGAAGGAUCGUCUGGCCGACUCCGGCAUCGAGAACGAUUACAGACGCGACUCCCAGGAGGUGGACAGACGGGAGCAGAUCGAGUCCGAGGACGAGGGAUUCGUCACCAGGCAGUUCAUCAAGCACGAGCGCAGGCACACCGAUCGUAACAUGAACCUGACGCCGUCCGAGCAACGGAAGUACGACAAGUAUACGAACGACGUCGCCAAGUCAGCGCCGGUCACCGCGAAACCGCCGUCCGGCGCCGAUAAAAAGUACGAGAAGAAGGCGGCCAAGAAGAGCGGUACCAUGAGCAAGGUGAAGCAGCUGUUCAGCAAGAAGGAGAAGAAGACGAAGGAGGAGAAGAACAAGAAGAACGCGAGGAGCAGCAGCAGCGGCGCGCUGACGGACGACGAAGUAACGAUGAGGUACAGGGAGUACCGCGGCGAUCAGCUGAGGAGUGCCAAGAGCGCCAGGGACUUGGGCAGCGACAUCAAUCAGGAGGAAUACAGCCAACGCAGACGCCUAUCCACUCCCAGCGGCAGCCCGAGUCCACCCAGGCCAACAAGGCUGUCGAGAUCUACGGGUACGCUCACCAGAGACGAGGAAACCUUUUGCGAGUCGAGUAACACCCUCACCAGGGAAAAUCAGGGACAGGAAGCCGAACGAAAGGGCUGGUUCAAGUCGUUAUCCAGGAAGAACAAAUCGAAUAUCAAAGCGGUGGAUAAGAAGCCCCGGAUACCGGAGAGCGAGAUCUUGACAACUGGCACCGAGGACGAGGAAGUCUCGUCCGCGCCCGAACGAGUCUCGGUGCAGAAGAACCUACGUUUCUUCGGCGAUACGGAUCAGGAGUCCGUCUCGUCCAACAGAGAUCGCAGAAACAAACGAGCCGACGACCAUGCCUGUUCAGGGCGUGAUGUUACGAACUCCAGUCGCCACAAUUUGGGCAUUUUAUCGCCACCGCGGAAACCACCGAGACUGGCCGAAAGCGCGUUGUCUUCCGGUGAGAGUACGACAGGGGACAGUAGCCAACAGAGCCAAAACUCUCAGAGAUCGCAAAGAUCUGUUGUAUACCUCCACGCUGCUACAGUGGGCGAAAUACCCGGCCCAAACGAGAGACGCAGAGCAGCGAGCAGGGAGGAAUUAAAUCGACCUCUGCAAUCGCACACGAGGACAGUAUCGAGGAGCGUGAGCGUCCUCGCGCCAUGGAAGCCGCGACACUACAGAGAACCUUUCGAAAUAAAUUACGACCAACAACUGCACCCGAAGCCAAUGGCGACCAUAAGGCGCAGACAAAGAAGUCGCGAGACAUUAAGUCGUCGAGGAAAAGACGCUCGACGAAGCAAGGACAAUCUCUCGAAAACCGGCACGAUCAAUCGCAGCACGUUGAAAUCAAAGGACAAACAGAAGGUGGAUAGAACUGUGUCUACGGAAUCGUUGGCCACCAAGUCACGGAGCGUUAAUUCGAAACCAGAACUAAGCAGGUCCACGUCUGUUCCACGCGAUCCGAACAAGAGCGCGGGAUGGUUCAAGCUGAAAAGCAAGAAGUCCCGGGCUUGAAGGGGAGGCCAUUGAUCAAUGCUAGUCUUGAGUUUCAUAAGUAAUUCGUAAUCGUAAGGGAUCUAAUAUACACGGCGUCGUAUAACCACCGCGCUUCGCGGUGAACAAUUGUACGAGCUACUAUUACCAUUUUGCUCUAUUCUUCUAAUGUACAAUGGAAAACGUCGAAACGCGAAAUAAUUAAUAAUCUUAUUAACCGAAUAAAAAAUUUGGCGAUCUUAAUGCGUAAUUGUAACCACGAACGAUGUAAAUUUUUUUUGAUCAUGCCAGUGAAUUACUAAACCGUAUUUGCAACCACUUGUGUGAACGAAUUAUGACCACGAUUUGAAUUAUGGCAACGAUAUGUAAAAUCGACUAAAUAUGUACACCUAUUUAAAACAUGUUCUUGUUUCCUUUGAUUAACAUUAUCCUUUCUCGUGAAAUAAUAAACGAAUUUAAA